GAGAUCUGAUGGUGUGGUUGGGCUAGAACAAGCUGCUGGGGAGGGGCAUGCUGUGAUGCAGCAGAAGCAUAUGACAGCAGUAGCAGAUCAGCUCCAAACAGCAAGUCACACAGUGUUUUCUUAUCUCCCGACUGCUAUUUUGCUGCAGUGGCCUCAUUUAGCAUUGGGUUGGCACCAGCAGCUACAGCCGGUAGGGCCCAAGAGGACAAACCCCACUAAUAAUACUAAUAACACCCAGCAAGCAGGUGGUGUAUUGUGCCCUGUUCUGUCUUGUCUGCCUCUCAAGAUGAUGCUGAUGCUGGGCUCAGUGGCAGACUGUGCUCGCUUCCUCUGCUAGCUUGUGGCAGUAUGGAUGUUGCUCUUGUGACGACCUCUGGUGAUUCCAUCCGUAGUCCAUUGCGGAUAGGCAUGCUGAGUAAUCCAUGGGCGAGGACGUAGACACACGGAAAAUUAACCACAGCUUUCUUCGGGACCACAACUAUGUGACUGAAGGAGAGAAAAAGAGAGCCGCCUCAGAAGCUCCCAGGCUGUGGAAAAGGUAUGCUACAUUGUGGACUUUCCUGAGAGACCAACUCCACAAGGGCUGAAAUAUGAGCUGUGGCUGCCUUGACAUCAUAACAACAAGCAAUGCUGAUAUCAUUUCUACAGUUGAGUUUAAUCACACUGGAGAGCUGCUGGCAACUGGGGACAAGGGGGGUCGUGUUGUAAUAUUCCAACGAGAACCAGAGUGUAAGAAUGAACCCUACAGUCAGGGCGAAUACAAUGUCUACAGCACUUUCCAGAGCCACGAGCCUGAAUUUGAUUAUUUGAAGAGCUUGGAAAUAGAAGAAAAAAUUAACAAGAUUAAAUGGCUCCCCCAGCAAAACGCAGCCCACUCCCUUCUGUCUACAAAUGAUAAAACAAUCAAAUUAUGGAAAAUUAGUGAGCGUGAUAAGAGGCCAGAGGGGUACAACCUCAAAGAUGAAGAAGGGAAGUUGAAAGAUCUUUCCACCGUAACCUCCUUACAGGUGCCUGUUCUUAAGCCCAUGGAUUUAAUGGUAGAAGUUUCUCCAAGGAGAAUAUUUUCUAAUGGACACACGUAUCAUGUCAACUCCAUCUCUGUCAACAGUGACUGUGAGACAUACAUGUCGGCCGAUGAUCUCAGGAUUAACCUCUGGCACUUGGCAAUCACAGACCGGAGCUUCAACAUCGUAGACAUCAAGCCGGCAAACAUGGAAGACCUGACCGAAGUCAUCACAGCAGCCGAAUUUCACCCCUAUCACUGCAACCUUUUUGUGUACAGCAGCAGCAAGGGAUCACUGAGGCUGUGCGACAUGAGAGCAUCUGCACUUUGCGACAAACAUUGCAAACUUUAUGAAGAACCAGAAGACCCCAGCAACAGAUCAUUCUUUUCCGAAAUCAUCUCAUCAGUUUCUGACGUCAAGUUCAGUCACAGUGGCCGUUACAUGCUCACACGGGAUUACCUCACCGUCAAAGUUUGGGAUCUAAACAUGGAAACCAAGCCCAUUGAAACAUACCAGGUUCAUGACUACCUUAGAAGUAAGUUAUGUUCCCUGUAUGAGAAUGACUGCAUAUUUGACAAGUUUGAGUGCGCUUGGAAUGGAUCUGACAGUGUCAUCAUGACUGGGGCAUACAAUAACUUCUUUCGAAUGUUUGACCGGAAUACGAAACGAGAUGUCACAUUAGAAGCUUCACGAGAGAGCAGCAAACCACGGGCGGUCCUUAAACCCCGUAGGGUAUGUGUUGGUGGCAAAAGAAGGAAAGAUGACAUAAGUGUGGAUAGUUUGGACUUUACCAAGAAGAUCUUGCACACAGCUUGGCAUCCCACUGAGAACAUCAUUGCCAUAGCAGCGACAAACAAUCUGUAUAUAUUUCAGGAUAAAGUGAACUCAGAUAUGCACUAGGAUUACCAAUUUUUUUUGUAAUUUCUCAGCCGACCUUCCCAAAGGUAUCAUGUUUUGAUGACCUUUCCAGGAUAGUCUCUUUGGUGAUGGAAUUAUUAAAAUGGUCUUUCUAACUUCCUUGUACAGAUAAACCUCAAUAGGUGGGGACCUCCUUCUUUCCCCACUGUCCAUCAUUCUUUUUAUUUAUUUAUUUUUCUUGUUUCAAGGUAUAGUAUAUGAGCUUUGCAGCAAAAAAGAACUAAUACAAAAAGGCUAAAUUAAAACAUAAGCCAAAAAGAUUGUGUAAAAGGGUACAAUAGUUUGUUUAUUUUAUUUUGUAUGUGACUAUUAAAUUAUAACAAAGAAUUCUACAUAUUAUGUUCUAAAAACAUAAUAUACUGGGCAUCCAUAAUUUUAUAUUAUUUUUAUGUCAUACGUUAAUUGUAAUUUAAGUUUAGGGCCGCUAUCAGGGCAGUAUAGGUGGUACUGCUGUCAGGGCCCUGUGCCACCUAAGAAGACACCAGUAUUAUAAAUGGCACAUGGUAGGUGGCAAAUAAGAGGCCCAAACUCAUCUGUCAACUCUCUACCCAACCAUCACAAGGGGCCACCAAUGUACACAAUAAGGUACAAGAUGAGAGUGACGGAGGUAACAAAGGGUUAAAGGGCCCUGACCAUUUACCCAUAUGGGACUCACACAUUUCUGAUGGCGGCUCUGAGCAACCUACAAAAAUUGAAUUUCAUGCAGUUUAAUAAGAAAUUGUGUGUAGACAAAACUGAUAAAUCCUAUAACAACUACUAAACCAUAUAACAUGUCUGUAUAUUGCAUCGUCAUACUCUAGUUAAAACAAAAUAAGUAACAUGCAUGAAUCAUAAUAUAAGAAAACUCAAGACUUAUCAAGUUUAUCUUAUUCUUUAACAUGCAGUUAAAUGACUAUUUUCCCCUAUGUGGCUUAAUAAUACAUACCAAAUAAGGGGGGGAAAUAAAAUCCAUCUUUGCAUGUGUAAAUUCAGGUACUGGAAGCUUGUGCUUAUUUCCAUUAAUAUAUAUAUAAAAAUCUAUGUAAAUAUAUCUAAUUUACAUCAAAAAGAUUAACGCUUAACAUCCAAUGCAGCAAGGUUUCACACGGUUCCACUUCUUAAUUAAAUUACAAAGGAUUCGUGUAAAAUGAAAAUAUGGGCAGAUCAUUGUUAUACCACCGAUGCUAUUGAGACCCCUCAGGGGUGUGGUUUUAAGGUGUGCAGAGGUCACAGUGGUGCCUGGCCCUGAUGCCUAAGGGGGCCUAAAUUUACCUGUGCUACAUCAGAAGAUACCAGUAUUAUAAAUGGCACAGGGUAGGUAGGGGCCUUGUUACGUAUUUUGCACUGGGGCCAGAAGCUUUAUGUUACACCUCUGAGAGGCAUAGACAAUUUCUGAAACAUUCUUACAUCAGAAAUAUACAGUGAGGAUACAAGGCCUAAUAACAAACCCUAUUCCUCCAUGCCUACCACUCCAUAGACACUUAUGAGCAGGGAGUAAAAAUUUUAAUUAUACAUAAGUCAUGAGAUAUAUGUUGGAUGAAGCGUACACUUGUAGCCAUAGGAUAACUCUUGUUAAAGGGGAAAUCCACCUAAAAUGAUAUUAUGAGAUUGGUUGGGGGCUCCCAAUGGAAAUGCUCAAGAUAUGGAAAUGCCCAAGGCUAUGUUCACAUUAUGUAUACCAAUGUGCCCUCAGGCAAUCAGCAGCCAUAUGUAUUCCAACUGUGUUAUUUUGGCAUAUGUUUGGCUGGUAUGUGUUGGUAUAUAUUUAUUUUAAUGUACAGUCCACUAUGCUUUUUAGUAAAUCUUGAAAAAAAAAUAGUUAAAUUGUUUUCAUUGGCAGACAAGCGCAACUGUUUAAAGCGUACCUGUCCGAUCCCACAAAAUAAAUAAAUAAAAUGUUACUCAGUACCUAAUCCUGACAAUGUACAUCUAAUUUGCAUGCCUCUAUCACCUAUAUUUAUUAUAAAAAUCCCUCUUUUCAUUAGCUCACAGUGUUAGAAAUCCUCUCAGGGGAAGGGAGAGUGUCCCUUCCUUGUGGUGGGAGGUGAUAGGUGUCUGCUCAUGCAGCCUUGUCCAUCAGUCAUCUCUUGUCCAUGACUCAUGGACAAGCCUAGAUCUGCUACAGGACUGGUUAGUGUCCCAGUAGGCAUGGGGACCCCUAGUGGUGGAAUUUUCAGUAGCCAUUUUCUUUAUUAAAUAUUCAAAAAACAACCAUAUAACAAAAGGUCUUUCAUUUUCAUAAAUAACAACUUAUAAAACGUUUUUGGAUCUGAUAGUGCCCAUUUAAGUUCACAUGUGAAUACAUCUGGGUCAUGUAUUCAGUGGCAUAAGGCUAUGUUCGCAUUAGAAAAGGGCUCUGUGUGUGGUGUACAUCGGCAUACGGCAUAAAGGUGUGCUGACCUAUACCUUAGUGUACUUGCAGCAAGCUUGUUCACUUUAAUGGGCCAAACAUAGUCUAAGGCCCCUUUAACACUAUGGAAAUUCUGCCAAACAUAGCCUUAGGCCCUUUUUCAAACUACAGCAGACUCUCAUCAAUUUCAGUGCAGCAGACUCUCAUCAAUUUCAAUGGGAUUCUGUAGCUUAGUUCUUAAUUUCACCAGAAUCCAUGAAAAAAAAAAAAAACAAUAUCAAUGGGACUUUGAAUUUUGAUGCUUAUUUUCACAGCAGUAUGCGCAUGAAAUGAGCACUGAUUCCUGGCAGCACUAAUCCAAUAAGGACAUUUUACAGAGUUUCUUCAGUUUCCUCUCGGAGUUAGAAGCAUCAUAACAAAACAAAAUCCCAAUAACAAAUUCUGCUAAAAGAAUUAAUAUGUUUCCAGAUUGCGGAAUUGUGAACAGGUCAGCAGAUAUCCAAUUGAGACCAAUGUUAGCUUCCACUCAGAAAUUUUGUGGUGUGAAUGAGCUCUUAGAAGUAUCUUUUUGGAAACAGACUGAACAAAGUCUUUAGUAGACAAUGGGGGACAUUUCUUUUAGGGUGGGUUCACACUACGUUUUGAUGAUACGGUCACCGGAUCCGGCUGGGGGGAGUGAAAACCGGGCGCUCCUGUAUCCCAGUAUCUCAUUCAUUUGAAUAAGCCGGCCGAAGUGAGAUCGGCUCAUUUUUGCCCCGUAUCAGGUUUUGUAACUGACCUAAAACCGUGGUAUGCUGCGGUUUUAGGUCCGGUCACAAAACCGGAUACGGGAAAAAAAUGAGCCGAUCGAGGUCACUAUCUGACUCUGGUCGGCUCAUUCAAAUGAAUGAGAUACGGGCCCGGAUCUGGUGACCAUAUCAUCAAAACAUAGUGUGGACCCACCCUUUUAGAAAAAAGUUAGGAUAGCAUGAUGAAAAACUGUCUUUGUUGUCCAUGGCAACCAAUCACUGCUUAGCUUUUAAUUUCUAUUCUGCUCUUAAAAAAUAAAAGCUAGUUUGUGACUGGCUGCUAUGGGAAACAAGUAGGGUCACACGUAGCAUAUAUGCAGCGUUAUUUCACACUUAACAAAAUCUACUGUGCAGUCAGAAAUACAAUGCAUAUUCUUCUAUGAGCAGGCAGCCCUGUGAGCUGAAUCCUGACGGCGGCCCUGUGUGCACAGUAAGAUUUGGGCUCAUGUGGGCCCACACGUCACAGUCACGUUAGCACGCUGGCCCUGCCUCCAAACCUCACUGUGCACACAGGGCUGCCGCUGGGAAGCCCUGUGUGUCUGCACAUAGGAGAAUAUACAGCAUAUUUUGCAGUGUAGUCAGACAUCGUGGCCGUUCUCGGCCUACCACAUGGAGCAGGGGGAGUGACCGUGCUGUCCGUGAGUACACUGGGUGUGUGUGCCGUGACUUGCAGGUCCCUGUGUGUCUGCUCAUAAUGACGGAUUGCUGCUACGAGCAGACAAUGCAGGCACAGUCGGGGGAAUACUCUAGAGUCAGUCACUGACAAAUCCGCAGCGUAAAAUAUGCUGCGGCUCCGUUACGUGUGACCCUGCCCUUAAACUGUUUUUAUUUAUCCCCCCGCCCCAUAAGUGUCCUAAUGUAGGACUUAUUGGGGUUGAUUUAUAAAAACAAUCUAAAAGUAUAAUGGCAACAAACCACAAUGCAGUUUUAUUUUUUUUUUAAGUUUUUCUAUUAGACGGUUUCAUAAAUCUCUUAUAUGGAUUUAGGGGAGCUCUGUUUGGAACAAUGGGCCUUAUUUUUCAAAAAGUUUAACAGAAAAAGCUAUUAAUCAUGGAUCAAAUUUCAAGAGGUACUCCAGAAAGUUAAACAGAUUUGUAAAUGAUUUUUAUUUUAAAAAACCCUUAACCCUUCCAGUACUUGUGGCACAACUCCUGGCACACAGGAAUUUAGUUGGACUUCCCCUUUAUAUAUAUAUAUAUAUAUAUAUAUAUAUAUAUAUAUAUAUAUAUAUUAUAAAAUCAGAAAAGUGGAUUUGUGCAUUACAACAAAAUUUGGUAAAGCAAAACUGUAACAAAAAAAAAUUGUAUUCCUGUUUUAUUAAGAAAUAUCUAUGGUCUCGCUGCAUGCUUUUUAUGCACCAAAUAGGCAAAAAAAUAAAAAUAUUUUCUUUUUAAAUCUGCAGUUCUAUUUUGCGCAAAACUGCUUUUUUAUACACAGUACAUUUAUUUCAGAAUAACCGUCUACUGCUUCAUUACGAAUCUGUGUUGUGAUGUGCCGUGGCACAAGACACAGUAGCUGCUUGGUUAAAGUUUCAUUACACAUGGGAGAAAUGUAAAUGUACCUCUCAUGGAGUUCACCGUCUCUAUGCAGUUAUCAUGUGAAAAUCUCCAAUGCGCUUCUCAAAUCCAGAGAAAAUCUUAAAAAAAAAAAAAAAAUGUUUACAACCCGGUUCUGUGGGAAUUCAGUCACAGAAUUAGAGUGGACUUUCCACCUUCACACAAUGAAGGCCGCCAUUUUGUGACACCUCCUAAUACCAGACAUAAACGAGGUACUGUUGGACUGACACCCAUGAGGCCUGACUUAUAAGAGGUAUCAAAUGAGCAGUUUCUCAUUUUUUGGGAUAGUUCACAAAAUGGCUGAUUUCAUUGGGUAUACGGACACGUUCACAUGGCUGUAUUUACAAUUGAAUACUUCAUACGGACUCACCUUGCCACUUUCAGGAUUCCCUAACAGCCUCAGACUGUCAGAGGAUGCUGGAAGUUGUAGUGCUACAACAGCAACAGAGCCUGAAGUUUAAAAGCACUGUCUCAGGGCUUGUUCACACUACGGAAAAUCAAGAUGGAAUCAGUGAAGAAUAUUCAUGUUAAAUUCCACCUUGCAUCAGACCCUCAUUGACUUGAAUAGGUAUUUCGCCACUCCUUAUUCCCUUUAAGUGUCUGAUCGUGUGUAGUUCAAAUGUUGGGAUCCCCCUGGUGUCCAAAUCUCCCUGUGUGUGUGGGGUCAACACGCCCUGUCCAGUACAGAGUACAGAGAUGGUCGGGGGAAGGGGGGUUUGGGUUCCGGCAUUCAGAGCCCCCCAGUCCUGUAAUCAGACACCUUUACCCUAUCCUUUGGAGAAGGAUAUGUUAUCAGACCCAGGAGUACCCUUUAAUUUCCACAAGUCAAAACCCAUUAAGUCAAUGGAACAUUGAAUUUCCAAUUACAAAAUUAAUUACCAUGAAGCAGUAAGAAUGUUCAAGUUGAAAAUUUCCUGCCUGAAUUCUGUAGUGUGAACAUAACCUUAACGGGAUUAGUUCCAGUUUUUUGAAAGAAAUACACCAAAAAUACAACCAUGUGAAAGCUCUGCGACAGAUCAGUUUUAAAGGGCCUCUGUCACUAGGACUGGGUAUCUUCAGAUUAGGGUGUCUUUAUAGCGCCCUAUCAGAAAUUAAUCAAGGGGCACAGUAACAGACUUUAAAUGGCUCCUUAAAGUGUCAAGGGAUCAGAAAAAUGCAAGUCCUGUCUCCCCUGAAGAGUCCAUUUACUAAGGACUCAGGAAUGCAGCAAAGUCACAUGACCGCUCUUAGCUUUGCUAAUUGGCUGAGAGAGCUUACACAGAGGAGGGGCAUAAUUUACCAUCUAUGUUCUGAACCCCCUUAUAGACAAAAGAGAGGAGCAACUUGUGAAAAUAGUUGUUACGUAUGCUUUUCCCCAUUUGGAGGAGCAUACGUAGAGAAGUAGACAGUUUAGGAGAUUGUUUAAUGAUUGAAAUUGUGUCCUCCUAGUUAACGUAGGUAAUAGCACCUAUGCCUCUGACAGGUUCCCUUUAAAAUAUCAGGCCUUAUUUAAGAAAACUGCUUGACAGAAGUGCUGGUUUUUCCCAUAGCAACAGGUAUAUGUUUUUUCAACUGCAAAAUACAAAAAAAGACAGCUGGAAUCUGUUUGUUUGCUAUGGGACCCCCACUUAUCAUCAGUUUUUCUAUAUGAGCCUCAAUGUGUAAUAUAUGACUUGUAGAGCUAGUCGGCUCCUGUAAAUACGCAUGUUUUAUAGUUUGGUUUGAGGGAAACAGCUGCUGCUUUCAAGUGCAACAAGCAAAACUUUUUUAUAUCCUAUCUCAGUUUCCUGUAUGUUAAAGUGAUACAUACAACGUGUAUGUUAUACUUUUCUAAUCUUCUGUAUAUAUGUGUGAAGCACAACAGCAUGUGCACCGAUUUUCAGCCAUACUGCACACAAUGGGGGAGAUUUAUCAAAACCUGUCCAGAGGAAAAGUUGCUGAGUUGCCCAUAGCAACCAAUCAGAUCGCUUCUUUCAUUUUUCAGAGGCCUUUUAAAAAAUGAAAGAAGCGAUCUGAUUGGUUGCUAUGGGCAACUCAGCAACUUUUCCUCUGGACAGGUUUUGAUAAAUCUCCCCCAAUAUAAAAAUGUGUCAGCUUUUGUUCAAGGAAAUGAGGAAUGUCUGUUUAUACUGUAUAAUGUACUUAUUCUGAACAAUAUAUGUAUAUAUUUACUGAACCGAUGUAAGCUUUUUUUUUCUUCUGUAAAAAAAAAAAUCUAUAAUUUUAAAGAUUGUUCUAGUACCAUGGACAAAUGAAUGACGUGAAAUAAGCAGAUAAGGUCUGACCUAUUUGUGUGUGGUCUCAAUAACAUGGGUUAUUUUAAAGUGAAA